AUUAGACCCCGUCUACCCCCUCUGGGUGUCUGUGCAGCAAACGGCCACCACCGCCCGAAGAAGAGACCCUUCCAGACCCAUCAUCAUGUGGGGGAUAAGAACAAAAUCUAGAGAAUGCAUUUCUGUGCACAUAGGCCAGGCUGGCGUACAGAUUGGCAAUGCAUGCUGGGAACUCUUCUGCCUGGAGCAUUGCAUCGAGCCUGAUGGUACCUUGCAGGACAAAGCAAAGCAAUCAAUCAAAGACGACUCCUUCACCACCUUCUUCAGCGAGACCGGCAACGGGAAACAUGUGCCACGGGCCGUCAUGGUCGACUUGGAGCCCUCUGUCGUGGAUGAGGUCCGCAGUGGGGCUUAUCGUCAUCUCUUCCACCCAGAACAGCUCAUCACAGGAAAAGAGGAUGCAGCCAACAACUAUGCACGGGGACACUACACUAUUGGAAAGGAGAGCAUCGAUCUGGUGCUGGAUCGUAUCCGGAAGCUGAGUGAUGCCUGCUCUGGCCUACAAGGAUUCCUUGUCUUUCACAGUUUUGGAGGGGGAACUGGCUCAGGCUUUACUUCCCUUCUAAUGGAACGGCUCUCCGUAGAUUAUGGGAAAAAAUCCAAACUGGAAUUUGCCAUCUACCCGGCUCCCCAAAUCUCAACCGCUGUGGUGGAGCCAUACAACUCCAUCCUCACCACCCACACUACACUGGAGCACUCAGACUGUGCCUUCAUGGUGGAUAAUGAGGCCAUCUUUGACAUCUGUCAACGCAACCUGGACAUUGAGCGCCCAACUUACAUCGACCUUAACCGCCUCAUAGGCCAGAUAGUGUCCUCCAUCACAGCCUCACUACGGUUCGCUGGUGCUUUGAAUGUGGAUCUGACUGAAUUUCAGACCAACCUGGUGCCCUACCCACGCAUCCAUUUCCCUCUGGUGACCUAUGCACCUAUUAUCUCCACAGAAAAAGCGCACCAUGAACAACUGACCGUAGCUGACAUCACCAACUCUUGCUUUGACCCAACCAACCAGAUGGUGAAAUGCAACCCUCGUCAUGGCAAGUAUAUGGCAUGCUGCAUGCUCUACAGAGGUGACGUGGUGCCCAAAGAUGUCAACGUGGCCAUCGCCAACAUCAAAACCAAGAGGAACAUUCAAUUUGUGGACUGGUGUCCUACAGGGUUCAAGGUUGGCAUUAAUUAUCAGCCCCCCACCGCAGUGCCCGGGGGCAAUCUAGCAAAAGUGAAGCGCGCUUUGUGCAUGCUGAGCAACACAACCGCCAUCGCUGAGGCCUGGGCACGCUUGGACCACAAGUUUGACCUCAUGUACGCCAAGCGGGCAUUUGUUCACUGGUAUGUGGGUGAGGGCAUGGAGGAGGGCGAGUUUUCUGAAGCUCGCGAAGAUCUUGCCGCUCUGGAGAAGGAUUAUGAGGAGGUCGGGAUGGACUCAUUUGAAGAGGAGAAUGACACAGAAAUUUAUUAACAGCAAUGAGAGUCUAAUAGAUGCUUAAAAUAAAUAUAAACUCUCAUGUGAUGUGUACUUUGUUUUAAAUGCAAACAAGUGUUUACUGUUGAAACAAAGCAUAGUACAGUAAAGCCUUUUUAUAAAACAGAAGAUAUCUCAUAUCCCAAAAAUAAAAUAAUUAUUCGCAUUUCAAAA